AAAUAGAGCGAAAAAAAAGGGAAAAAUUAAUUAACGAAUGAAUGAGAAACCCGCCUUCUUUGGUGUCACUUGCAAUUGAUGCAACUGUUUUGAAUCUUCAAAAUAUUUAUUCAGAUCUUUCUUUUCUUCCUGAUCAUAUCCUCAUCGAUCUCUUUCUUAGAACCCUCAAGGCUGGGAAACUAACCCCGAGGAUCUUGAAGAUUUUUGUGGCAACCGAGAAGGAAGAAGUUCUCUCUAUGAUCCAAGGACUUAAUAUUCAGCUUGUUUUGACUCCUGUCCUUCCCACCAGAUGUUCAGACAAGUUCUAAUUCCAACACAGCUGGCGCUCAUUCACUUGAUUCAAAUAAUAUUGAGGUUCACAAAAAGAAGCUGU